AUGUGGACUGCCCUUCUCUCUGGACUCACUGGUGAAGCCCACGAAUUCGCAAACACCCUGGACGACGAAGUAAUCGGCAAUUUCGAUCUGUUGGGCAAAGCCCUUGCGGACCGGUUUCCUUGCAUCAAGCCACAGGAGGAAGGGUUCUCUGUGACUAUGGCUCACAUUCAUACCUUGAAGCAGAACAACAAGACUCUCGACGAGUAUUAUCGGGAGGGUCAACGCGUUCGUGCCACCGUGAAGACUGAGCACUAA